CCGUUUACCGGGCCGGACGACGAGCAUGUCUUCCCAUCCGCGCGUGAGGCGCAGCGGCUCCCCAACCCCAGCCACCUCCCUGGGGGGAGGGGGAGCCGCGGCGACGGCGACGGCAGCAACAGCAGGCGGGGCGGCCGGCAGCAACAGCAGCCGCCUGCAGCCCAUGCGGGCGACGGUGCCUUUCCAGCUCAAGCAGCACGGCAGCCCCACGAGGAGCGGCGGCGGCGGCAUCCCACGCGCGGCGGCGGCGGCGCAGACACCCCCACAGCCGCCGCCGCCGCCGCCGCCUCCACCGCGGACCGCCAGCCCGACGCAUGGUAACGGCUGCAACGCCGGCGCGCGCGGCGGCACCGCCAAUAGCAGCAGCGGCCCCGCCGUAGCCACGCAGACGCCCGUCGGAGGAGGAGGAGGAGGAGGCGGCAGCAGCAGCGCUUGCUGUGCCGCCACGACCACCCUCCCGCUGUCGUCGUCGAAUUCCACGCGCGGCAGCCCCACUCGCGCGGGCGGAGGAGGGGCGCGUGGCAGCCCCCCUCGGCUGCACCCACUGCCGCCGCCGCCGCCGCCUCCACCGCGCUCUCCCCCCUCGCCUUGCUCGUCCCCGGUUUCACCGACUGUGCCCGAGAGCAGCGCCUGCUCUUCUGCCGCCGCCGCCUCCUCCGGGGGAAGGAUCCGGCAUCGUCAGAGGCGGCGGUCGCCGGAGCAAAGCAGGGCCUCUCCGGAGAGGAAGAGUCCGAGUUCUCCGGUUUGUAAAGUUGAUAAACCACGGCCACCGUCAUCAAGCCCUUCCAGUAUUGCUCGCCGUACACCGUCACUAGACAUACUUGCUGCUCCUUACCUUGCUGGACAAUGGCCUCGUGAUAAUCAUGGACAAGCUGCACCUUGCAUGAGGGACAAAGCCACCCAGACUGAGAGUGCUUGGGCUGAAGAAUACCUGGAAAAGAAGAAAGGGUCUCAUAAGCGCUCAGCAUCUUGGGGCAGCACAGAUCAACUCAAAGAGAUCGCAAAGCUACGCCAGCAAUUGCAAAGAAGUAAACAUAGUAGCAGGCAUCAUCGGGAUAAAGAAAGACAGUCUCCGUUCCAUGGUAAUCAUGCAGCCAUCAACCAAUGCCAGGCUCCUGUUCCAAAGAGCGUGCUGGUCCCUGUGAUACCAAUUGCUAAGUCAACAGGGUCGCGUUUUCGUAACAGCAUAGAGGGGCUGAAUCAGGAGAUCGAAAUCAUCAUAAAGGAGACAGGAGAGAAAGAGGAACAACUUAUUCCACAAGAUAUUCCAGAUGGGCACAGAGCGCCCCCUCCUUUGGUGCAGCGCAGCAGCAGCACUCGCAGCAUCGACACGCAGACUCCUGGCGGCGCAGAGAAAGGCAGUAACAACAGCAGCAGGUCCCAGUCGGUGUCCCCCAGCUCCUUCCUUGCCAUCUCCAAUGAGGGCAGUGAGGAAAGCCCGUGCUCUGCUGAUGACCUGCUUGUAGACCCCAGAGACAAAGAAAAUGGAAACAAUUCUCCCCUGCCCAAAUAUGCCACCUCACCAAAACCCAACAACAGCUACAUGUUCAAACGUGAACCUCCUGAGGGCUGUGAGAAGGUGAAAGUGUUUGAGGAAAGCUUGCCAAAGCCCUUGCAUGAAAUUCCAGCAUUUUACUGUCCUGACAAGAAUAAAGUAAACUUCAUUCCCAAAAGUGGCUCUGCUUUCUGCCUUGUCAGCAUCCUCAAGCCGCUGCUUCCCACACAGGAUCUUACGCUCAAGGGUGCUACUCAUAAUCUCACUGUCACGUCUGGCAUGACGCCUGCCUUGCUGCAGCCUAUUUCCAUGGCCUCCCUAUCCGCAAACACAGACCAGGAGCGGCUCUCCCGUGGAACAAGCAAAGUAAUACCGCAGCUGUCUGUGCUCCAGCAGUCGGGACACGGUGAAGAAACAGAAGGAUAAACUUGGCUUUGUUAACUUCUGAGAACUUUUAUUGAAGCUAGCUGUGAUUCAGCCUUCCAAAUCGCAUCUGUUUGCGUCAUAAUUGCUGGCAGUUCCAUAUACAGGUCAUACUAGUAUCUUGAUCUCCAUGACCAUGACUGUUAGCCUGGUGUGAGAUCUAGGAAAGAGGAGAGGCAGAGAGGCUGCUACACAUGUCUUGGGAAGGCUCAAGUUACAUCUCUGGCCUGCACUUUUUAAAAAAACAAAUAAAUGCUUUGGUACACUAAAGAAGGGAGAUAUCCAUAAUUCUUUACUAUCGGAGGGACCAAUUUUUCUGAUGCUUUGGGUCCCAAUUUAGACUUUGAUUUUGAAAAAAGGAAAAAAAAAAUCAAGACAUACCAGCUAUUCUUAGCAAAAGAUCUACAAAGGAAAAACAAGCAAAUGAUACUGCAGAACCUAUUCAUACAAAAAACAAAAAUUACAAAUCUUGAGGUUUUGAUGCAAAACAGAGAGCAGGAUAUUCACCCUUUUCUUGCUACAUCAUUUCUACUUUUGGGACCAAAGGAUUGAAAUGUUUCAGUGUUCUGUCAUGUGAUCAGUUUGAUUUCCCUCCUUCUCCCAGAUCUGCUUAACAACCUUCAGACUAAAAAGAAAAGCAAUAUUGGUACAUGUUUGGCAGGGGGCUGGGUAAACACAUGCAUAGAAUUACUUGUCUGGAAAUGGCAUUUUAGAGCACUUCUGCCAAUAGUGUAAUGAAAUGUUCCUAGUCUUGUGUUUCAGAACAAUAUUCCCUUCUUCUCUCCCCCCAAAAUGCCAACUAACUGUCACAUCAGUGCCUCUUGGGACAUCUUGGUUUCUUGUGCCGCUGUCAAAAUCUCGAAUUGCCUUUGGCAUAUACUGAUCCUAUCAUGUCUUGCCACUGUAGUAUAUAAACCCUGUAGUCAUAUGAUCUUGAAACGGCCAUGCAUGGUUCCUCCUGCUUGUCAAAGUACUGUUUUGUGGGUCUGUUGAGGGUAAUUGUUUGUCAGGCAUGAUAUUUGUUAACGCAAAUUAUUUCAAUGGACAUAGUCUCCUUUUUGACUAGCAAUAUUGUUAGAGUGUUAAGCUAAGGACUUUUUGAUUCUUAGUAUUGGUCUACAGAUGUGACCCAUUUCAUUUCUUUUGUGAACCUUUUUUUAAAAAUAAAACUAUAAUUGUGUAACAAUCAAAAA